UAUGUGAAGCGUGGGUAAUUCACGAGAUUUUGUGUGAAAAGUGCACUAAUUCUAAAUAAAACAUACAACUAAAGAGGUGUACGUGUUUAUUGUGUACGUAAAAAUGGCAGUUAGUAUUAAGAAAAAUAUCAUUCUAGGAAGUAUUCAAAAAUCUAGAACGAAACGAACUGAAAUAUACCGAGGAACCUCAACGGUGUAGCUACGAUAUAAAUGCUCAGCAGCAGAUUAAUGGUAGUACCAAUUUCACAUGGGCUGUGAGAAAAACAAACAUAGACACCUUAACACUCUUACUGAAAAGAGGUGCUAGAAUUAAUCAUAGAGAGACUGGAGGUGCAACGCCCCUAUUACUCGCCAUAACCUAAACCGUUUUGAGAUGGUUAAAUGGUUGUUAAAAAAUGGUGCUGAUAUCAAAUUGCGAGAUUCAUACGACACGCCUUUGACGGCUGCUGUACGAGAAGGAAACCUACAAAUGGUGAAACUUCUCCUAAAAAAGGGUGCCGAUGUCGAUGAUUGUGAUUUCAAAGGAGUACCACCGAUAAUUCGCGCCAGCAAAGAAAAUAAAAGUGAUAUUCUUGAACUGUUUCUAAAACAAACAGUAAAUACGGACCUGGUAGAUGGCGAGGGAAACACCGCACUUGUAGCUGCCGUAAGAAAUGAGUCUUCCGAUGUCAUCCAGUGCUUGUUGAAAUACGGUACUGAUGUGAAUGAAUCGAAAAACGACAAAACACCUUUGGCUUGGGCCGCGGAAAAAGGAAGUGUGAAUUCGCUCAAAGUUCUAUUAAAGGCUGGAGCUGAUAUCAAUAUGUUAAGUACUGACGGAAACACUGCAUUAGGUACUGCCGUACGUUUCAAACGUUUAGAAGCUGCUCGAUAUCUCACAAACAACAACGCCAACGUUUGUAAAUUUGGAGCAAAGGGGAAAACGCCACUCUUGUGGGCAGUUCUCAACCAAGAUAUUGCUAUGAUUAACUGGCUUUUAGAUCACGGAGCGGAAUACAUCAUCGAUUCGGUAUUUUUACAAGCCAUUGAAACCGGAAAUUUACAAGUAGUUCAAGUAUUGGAAAAACAUGGAACUUUUGAACUCGAAGCUGAUAAAGCGACAUCAUCUUUACACAUGGCCUUAAACAGUGUCGAUGUUGCAAAAUACCUAAUUAAACGCGGCGCGAAAGUGGCAGACAUUCAAAUUUCGACCAUUACUGAUCUCUUCAAACGAAAUAAUUUGGAGAUGGUGAAAUUGCUGAUAGAGAACGGUGCUAGAUUGAACGAGCUUGAUUCCUGUGGUGAAACCGUUCUGACGACAGCUAUAAAAAAAGAAAAUUUUGGUAUGGCGAAGUACUUUGUAGAACGAGGAGCCAAUGUCAAUCAACCUAAUUCGAAGGGGUUAACACCACUAGUUAUCGCCGAAGCUAAUAAUGAUUUUCAGAUUUUCCAGUUUUUGGUGGAUAAUGGAGCUAAGAUUCCUGAGGUGGACCAAGAGGAAAGUCCGAAACUGGCCCGGUACUACCGAAUAGCGCAAGAGAGCAGUUCGAGAAAAGGGAAAACAAGCGUAGAAAUUGGUUCGAAUCAAGAAGAUGCCAAAGAGUGAGCAGUGGUUUAUAAGUUCAAUUGUGUCAUUUUUUUUAAAUAAGUUUUUAAUAGGAAGUUUUACAAGAAUAUAAAUGUUAAUCAGG